AUGGCUUUACUCCCAGGAGUGGUAUUUCUGGUUGCUGUGCUAUUUCUAUCUUCACCCACAGAAGGAAAGGAUCCAGCCUUUACUGCUUUGUUAACCACUCAAUCACAAGUCCAAAGAGAGAUUGUAAAUAAACACAAUGAACUAAGGAAAUCAGUCUCUCCACCUGCCAGCAACAUGCUAAAGAUGGAAUGGAGCAGAGAAGCAACAGCAAAUGCCCAAAAGUGGGCAAACAAGUGCACUUUAGAACACAGUAGUGCAGAAGACCGAAAAACUAGUACAAAAUGUGGUGAGAAUCUCUAUAUGUCAAGUGACCCUACUGCCUGGUCAAAUGCAAUCCAAAACUGGUAUGAUGAGAGCCACAAUUUUGUCUAUGGCGUAGGACCAAAGAGUUCCAGUGCAGUAGUUGGACAUUAUACCCAGGUUGUUUGGUAUUCAUCUUACCGUGUCGGAUGUGGAAUUGCCUAUUGUCCCAAUCAAGAUAAUCUAAAAUACUACUAUGUUUGCCAAUAUUGUCCUGCUGGUAAUAAUGUGAGUAAAAAGAAUACCCCUUACCAACAAGGAAUACCCUGUGCCAGUUGCCCUGGUAACUGUGACAAUGGACUAUGCACCAAUAGUUGCGAGUAUGAAGAUCUCCUUAGUAACUGUGAUUCCUUGAAGGCAACAGCUGGCUGUGACCAUGAACUACUCAAAGAAAAGUGCAAGGCAACUUGCCAAUGUGAAAACAAAAUUUACUGA